AUGUGCCAUUUCUGUCGGGGGCAGCUGUGGGCCGUUCCUCCUGCCCAUCGUGAUCCGGCUCGUUAUGCACCUGCUGCCGGGGCCGAUCCUCCCCGUGGCUACGAUGAUCCGGUCUUUUAUGUGGCUAGCGAAGGAGCUCGGCCGUUCCAGGGCCGGACUGCUGCCGAUCGUGCAGCCCAACGCCCUCGAACUAUGCCAAAAGCGAAGCCUCCGCCGACCCCAGCCAUGAUCGCGGCUCAGAACUCGAACAGUUUUAUCGCUCGCGGGGCGGGGUAUCAGGCCGGUCCGCGCCGCCCCAAAGCGAAGGCGGCCCCAGAUGCUGCUUUUCGAGCAGCCGAGCGGGAGCUGAUCGCCCUGCUAGGUCACUGCCAGUCGCCCGAGAAACGCGGCCAUGCAAAGUUCGCACUGGAUGAGCGGAAGACUGCAGGCAUGAAGCAGAGCACGGAGCCAGACGAGGAGGCCUCGCUGCUGCAGGUUCAAGUCAAGGACACCCAGGACGAGAAGGAGCAAGCAGAGGAGGCCAACGCCCCGACCUUCGCAGUGACGACCCGCGUCUACGAAGCGGAGCUUCCCUAUCUCAAGCAGUUCCUGAAGUACUAUCUGCAUGACGUGAAGGUCAAGCGGGUGUAUCUCUUCUGCACGCAAAAGUCGGAAGAGAAGGCCAUCCGAGCUGCUGUGAGAGGCUUCGGCUUCUCAGACAAUCAGGUGACAUUUGUCGACAGCUAUCGAAGCCAUGGUCUGCAGCGGAUGAACUAUCAUGCGGUCAAAGAACACUUCCUGCUGGAUGUUGACUGCGACGAGUUCGUGGUGCCUCCCAAGGGCGGUCUUCACGGCGUCGUCCGGUCAGACCCGCAUGCAGACGCCUACCACCUCGAGUGGACGUGCUACCCCUCUGACGACCUCAAACUGAGUUUUCAGCCCAAAGGUAUUCCCUGCACAGGCUAUAAGGGAAUGAUCCGGACAAAGAGCAUGCACCUGGGACUUCCUGGCGUGUCAGAAAAGGAGUUCAGCGUUGCAGAG